AUGAACACCAUUUCUUGCUCAAAGGUCUUCCUUGUGUUGCUUGUAACUCUCUUGCCAAACCAAAUUCUUGCUGAUCAAAAUUUGAUCUCCUCGGCUUGUGAUCACACUCUGUACAAGAAACUUUGCAGGAAAACUCUUGAAUCGGACCCCGAAAGCAGCUCUGCUACUAGUUUUGAAGUCCUAUCCAAAGUUGCACUAAAACAUGCAACAUCUACAGCUACCCAUAUAAAUAGCAAAGUUACAAAACUGCUCAAUGAAUCAUCGAGCAAGGUAGUUAAGGGUGCCCUGAAAGAUUGCAAUGAGAACUACCAAGAUGCAAUCGAAGGACUUACGAAAUCGAGCAAUGCAUUGGCAUCUAAGAGGUAUAAUGAUGUUAAUACAUGGGUGUCGGCUGCCAUGAGUGCCAGUGACUCUUGUGACCAAGGCUUCCAGGAUGGGGGAGACGACAAGUCUCCAUUAGGCAAGUCUCCAUUAGGCCAUCAGGGAAUCGCAUUUACCCGGCUCUGCAGCAUUGUCUUGGCCAUUACCAAUCAACUCAAGUGA